AUGCCCCAGCUUCCGAACGAGCUGAUAUUACAUACCAUCAAGCUGCUGAUCCCACCUAGCCUACCAGUUUCUUUUCCCCCGUGGCACCCAGUGACACGCACUUUGAUCAGCCUCACCCUCGCAUCCAGAUUCACGUAUCAUAUCGCGAGGGAACUACUCUUUAGGUACUGCCUGUGGAUAGAUUCGAACAAGCGACUGGACAAUCUCAUCAAUUUGAAAGGCGGUCCGAAAGGGCCUUUGCAAGUAUUUUCACCGAUCGGCCUUUUUCUGUCGCCAUUCCCUGACGAUGAACUCGAUGAUCCCGUCGUCGCCAAGCACCUGGAUCAAUUGUCCUCCAGCAUCUGUGGCAGCCUUCGAUGUUUAGUCAUUGAUAUCCCACUGCGUUCCUUAUACCCUGAAGACGAUCAUCAGGAGGUCCGUCCGAUACUACGGUCUGUAUUUUUACGCUUGGUCCAUCUAGAGGAUUUCUGUUCCGCGCAAGACGAAUUAUUCUGCGCUACAAUGGAAGAGAGUUCUGAACCAGCAGUAUGGUCGACCUGGCCAAACCUCCGACGCCUUGCUCUGUACAACGCAGAUGUGACAUCGUCUGAAUUUAUCGAGGGCCUCAAGCGCUGCUCGAACCUGUCGCAUCUUGUCCUUACCCGGCCGGACGGUCUGACAGAGCCCGUACGUCAGGAAUUAUGCCUUACGCGGCGGCUGCCGUCUUUGAAAAAGGUGGUAAUUAUCGAUGCUGAAGGGAGCGACCAAUCCAACAUAGUGACCGCUCUUUCUGGAUGGCAUAUGGGUCUUUUGGGUCAGAUAUGGCGUCUAGGGUAUACUCGUUGUGAAACUAUUAGAAAAAUACCCCACUUCGAGCCGUUGCUGGUAUAUUGCCAGGUACCUGUCCCUCCUGAUAGGCCUGACGACCAUAUUCCAUUGUGUCAAGAAUGGGUUCGGAACCGCGCCGCAGAUGGAACCUUGUGGGAUGUUUCGGGAAUCCCUUUACAGAUGGAAGACCAGCGAUAG